AAUUCGCCUGUAAAAUAUUCCCUCAACGAUACAAACCGGCGCCCGUCUGCAUAUUUCCUAUAGAUAAUACUAGAACUACUCGGAUCCAGAAAAACUAUAUAUAUUAUACAACAAAAACACUGAACAUUUUCCGGCCGAACCAAUCAAAGAGUUAGAACAGUACCAACGAUGGAUAAUUGGAAUGUUUUGGCAGCGCAAACCUCAUCGCAGGCCAUCGGACUUCAUGACUCGGGGGUGGUGAAGACGAGACUGACCAUCGAAAAGCUGCCCGACAAGGUUCUGCUGCACAUCUUCUCUUAUUUGUCGCACCGGGAGAUCUGUCGCCUGGCCCGGAUUUGUCGUCGCUGGCGCCAGAUUGCCUAUGACACUCGUCUCUGGAAAAAUGUGUCCUUGCGACCGGAGGUCUCUGGAUUGCAUGUGGGCUCCCUGGAGAUGCUGCUCCAGCUGAUAUCCGUGAGAUUUGGUCCUACGCUGCGCUAUAUCGAACUACCCAUCGAGCUGAUCACGCACACGGUGCUCCACGAACUGUCUGCCAAGUGUCCGAAUCUGACGCACAUGCUGCUGGAUUUCUCCACGGCCAUGCAGCUGCACGAUUUCAGCGAGAUGCAGGCCUUUCCCACCAAGCUGCGGUACAUGUGCGUCUGCCUAUCCGAGGUGAUCUUCAUGGAGGGCUUCAUGCGCAAAAUCUACAACUUCAUCAACGGUUUGGAGGUGCUCCACUUGAUUGGCACCUAUGAGAAGUGCGAGGAGGAGGAGGAGGAGAUCUACGAGGUCAUCAACGUUCAUAAACUCAAGUCGGCCACGCCCAAUUUACGGGUGAUUAAUCUGUACGGCAUCAACUUCAUCGACGACUCCCACAUCGAUGCCUUCAGCUCCAACUGCAUCCAGCUGGAGUGUCUGGCUGUUAACUUCUGUAACAAGGUCACCGGCUCUACCUUGAAGACCCUGAUCCAGAGAUCCAAGCGCCUGACCUGCCUGCUGAUGAACGGCACCAGCUUGAAGUCCGAAUUCGUGAUGCAGGCCGAGUGGGACAAGUGCGCCUUGCAGGAACUGGACAUUACGGCCACGGAUCUUUCGCCAGAGUGCCUGGUGGAUAUGCUAACCAGGAUCCCCAGCUUGAAGUUCCUCUCCGCCGGACAGAUCAAUGGAUUUAAUGAUAGCGUUCUCAAACAAUGGAUGGAAUCGGGCACUACCAGAUCCCUUAUUUCCCUGGAUCUGGACUCUUCGGACAAUAUCACGGAUGAAGGUCUCCUUAAGUUUAUUCAGCGUCAGGGCCACCAGUUGAGCGCCUGUUGCCUCUCCGGAAUGCCCCACAUCACAGAUCAAUUGUGGAUGAGCAUCCUUCCUUUGCUGGGCAACUGCAAGAUCAUUGUCAUGGGCACUGCUGAGAAACUGGGCGUUAAUAUCCAUGUGGACCAGCUGAUGGACACCAUUGCGUCGAACUGUGGCAACUUGGAGCGCCUGGAAUUGCGUUGGGAUCCGGAUAAUCUGCGAUUCUCCGACAAAAGCCAGAAGGCCAUCGACAUACUGCGUGUCAAGUGCCUCAAAUUGCGAUGCAUGGUGCUCAGCGAUGGUCGGUACUAUGAGACGGUUAAAGCCAACUUUGAGCGAGCCGAUCGUAUCACCGUGGUCCGUACUACCACCUGUUGUCGAGUUUCACCUUAUCAUCUGCUCCGUAACUACAAUGAUCUGAUUUUUAACUGAGCAAAUAAUGUGGGUCUAUACAAUGCGUUUCAAAGCUGAAAGUUGAAUAUAAAAAGAGGCAAUUAAAAAAUAGAUAAAUUCAGUUAAUACAGAAUAUCUCACAGUUUUGAAACGCAAUAUGAUUGCUUACCGAAAGCCGAUUACCCACAUCUCUAGUCAAAAGUCAACACAACAAUUGUUUCUGUGUGUGUUUCGCUUACAUUAGACUGUUUUUAAUGUUUUCUGUAUUUUCCGCUUCUUUCGUUUAAUUACAUUAAAUCUAAAUAAACGUACAUAGGUAAUUUAAAUAAAAAACAAAACAAGGA